GUAUAUUUUUAGUCCGUGGUCAUUAGUCUAUGUCUAUGGCGAAUGAUAUGUCAUUUUCGCCAUUGAAGUUUGAAUUCGAACAGAAAAGAAAAUAGAAUUUUCGAGUUGAAAAGUAAUUAUUAUAUUCUUAUAACAUCACUUUAAAAGCAGUGAAAAUGUCUAUUUUGGCGUACAAUGGAGGUGCAGUGGUGGCAAUGAAGGGUAAAGACUGUGUGGCGAUCGCUACAGAUAAGCGCUACGGUAUCCAAGCCCAGACAAUAUCGGCAAACUUCCCGAAAGUGUUUCAAAUGGGCCCCACACUGUAUGUAGGGCUCCCAGGAUUAGCAACUGACACCCAGACUGUUUAUCAGAGGCUUAAAUUCAGAAUGAAUCUCUAUGAGCUUAAGGAGAACAGAAUAAUGAGGCCCAACACAUUCUCAGCGAUGCUGUCAAACCUGCUGUAUGAGAGGCGUUUUGGACCCUACUUCAUUGAGCCUGUCGUUGCUGGUCUAGACCCCAUUGACAAUAAACCUUAUGUCUGCAAUAUGGACUUGAUUGGUUGUCCAAAUGAGCCUGAAGACUUUGUAGUAUCAGGCACGUGCACAGAUCAGCUGUAUGGUAUGUGUGAAGCUCUGUGGGAGCCAAAUCUAUCACCAGAUGAGCUGUUUGAAACCAUUUCACAGGCUCUAGUAAACGCGGCAGACCGCGACGCGAUCUCCGGUUGGGGCGCUGUUGUCUACAUCAUUGAAAAGGACAAAAUCACCGAGAAACACGUCAAGACUAGAAUGGAUUAAUAUAUUUAUGGGAUAUGGAUUUUGCUUUUAAUAAUAAAACUUAAAACCUAA